AGGCGGCCGCGGCGGAUGGUCCGCGUUGUCCCGCCGCUGCCGCCGCCUCCCCCCGCCCGCCCCUCACGGAGUCGUCGGCGUCGGCGGCAGAUGGCGCGGCGGGGAGCGGGUUGGCGGGGUGGAAGGCCGUCACCGCCGACACCACCGACACCGCCGCCGCCGCCAUCGUCACCGCCACCGCCGCCGCGGCGGUUACUUUUGGCUUUAUUGCUGUUGUUAAUGCCGGCUUUACCGGGGUUAGGGCCCGCCGCCGCCGCUGCCGCCGCCGCCGCUGCCGCCGCCGAGGAGGUGGCGGCGAAGGAAUGCGACAAGCCGUGCGCUAACGGCGGGCGGUGCCAGCCGGCCAGCGGGCAGUGCGAGUGCCAGCCCGGCUGGGUGGGCGACCAGUGCCAGCACUGCGGGGGGCGAUUCCGACUCACUGGGCCUUCAGGGUAUGUAACGGAUGGGCCUGGAAAUUACAAAUACAAAACAAAAUGCACCUGGCUCAUUGAAGGAAGGCCAAACACAAUCCUCAGGCUUCGAUUCAAUCACUUUGCGACAGAGUGCAGUUGGGACCACUUGUAUGUGUAUGACGGAGAUUCAAUUUACGCUCCCUUACUGGCAGCUUUUAGUGGUCUUAUUGUUCCUGAGAAAGAUAGCAAUGAAACCGUACCAGAAGUUGUAGCUACUUCUGGAUAUGCCCUUCUGCAUUUCUUCAGCGAUGCUGCCUAUAAUUUAACAGGGUUUAACAUAACAUAUAAUUUCAAUAUGUGUCCCAAUAAUUGCUCCGGCCGAGGAGAGUGCAAACUCAAUAACAGCAGCAAUGCUCUUGAAUGUGAAUGUGCCAAAUAUUGGAAGGGAGAAGCCUGUGAUAUUCCGUACUGCACAGAUGAUUGUGGGGCACCCGAGAGAGGAUACUGCAACUUUAAUGAUACUAAGGCAUGUGUGUGCUCUGCAGGCUGGCAAGGUCCUGGCUGUUCAAUUCCUGCUCCUGCAAACCAGUCGUUUUGGACCCGGGAGGAAUACUCUCUUCCAAAACUUCCUAGAGCAUCUCACAAAACCAUAAUCCAUGACAAUAAAAUGUGGAUCGUUGGAGGCUAUGUCUUCAAUCAUUCCGACUCUCAGAAGGUUUUAGCGUAUGAUCUUAUUUCUGAAGAGUGGCUUCCACUGGACAACACUGUGAACUCCGUAGAGAUGAGAUAUGGUCAUUCGCUGGCAUUACAUAAGGACGAUAUAUACAUGUAUGGUGGAAAAAUAGAUGCGACGGGGAACGUGACCAGCCAGCUGUGGGUGUUCCACAUUCCCACCCAGACCUGGGCUCAAGUGACGCCGAAAGCCAAGGAGCAGUACGCUGUUGUUGGCCACUCGGCACACAUCGUCACCCUGCAAGACGACAGUGCCGUCAUGCUCGUCAUCUUUGGGCACUGCCCUCUUUAUGGGUACAUCAGCAAUGUCCAGGAAUACAACCUGGCCACAAAUACAUGGAACAUUUUACAAACGAGUGGAGCUUUGGUGCAAGGAGGGUAUGGUCACAGUAGUGUUUAUGAUCCAAAUACAAGAUCAAUUUAUAUCCAUGGAGGUUAUAAAGCAUUCAGUGCCAACAAAUACAGGCUAGCAGAUGACUUGUACAAAUAUGAAGUUAAUUCCCGUAUGUGGACUAUUCUUAAAGACAGUAAAUUUUUUCGCUAUUUGCACACGGCUGUGAUAAUGAGUGGAACCAUGCUGGUGUUUGGAGGAAACACGCACAAUGACACCUCCAUGAGCCACGGCGCAAAGUGCUUUUCUUCAGAUUUCAUGGCGUAUGAUAUUGCUUGCGAUCGGUGGUCUGUUCUUCCUCGCCCGGGUCUCCAUCACGAUGUGAACAGGUUUGGACACUCUGCCGUGCUGUACAACAGCACCAUGUACGUAUUUGGAGGCUUCAACAGCCUCCUCCUGAGUGACAUCCUGAAGUACACACCCGAGAGAUGUGAAGCUUUUGACAACGAAACGGCCUGCUUGCGAGCAGGUCCCGGCAUCAGAUGCGUGUGGGCUACCAGCCCUCCUCGCUGCGUCCCCUGGGAAAUGGCGACGGUAGAGCAGCAGCAAAAAGUCUUCGAAGACUGUCCUCCCAAGCCAGUUGUAGACAAUGAAAAAUGUGAUCAGAUUACAGACUGCUAUAGCUGUACAGCAAAUACAAACCACUGUCAAUGGUGCACUGACCAGUGUAUCUCAAUGCAUAACAACUGCACAGAGGAACAGGUUCCUAUUACUCUGUAUGACAGUUGUCCUAAAGAUAACCCUGCCUAUUACUGUAACAAAAAGACAAGUUGUAAAAGCUGUGCCAUGGAUCAAAACUGUCAGUGGGAACCUAGGAACCAGGAGUGCAUCGCUUUACCAGAAAAUAUCUGCGGAACAAACUGGCAUUUGGUUGGCAACUCCUGCUUGAAAAUUACAAACGCCAAGGAGAACUAUGAUCAUGCCAAACUGUCCUGCAGAUCUAACGGUGCUCUGCUGGCUUCUCUCACGACCCAGAAAAAGGUAGAAUUUGUUCUAAAAGAGCUGCAGAAGAUGCAGUCUUCGCCCAAAACUUUGACUCCAUGGGUUGGACUGAGGAAAAUCAACGUGUCGUAUUGGUGCUGGGAAGACAUGUCUCCCUUCACCAACACCCUGCUCCAGUGGCUCCCCGAUGAACCAAGCGAUGCUGGAUUUUGUGGUUAUUUAGCCGAGCCUUUCCAGCAGGGACUGAAGGCAGCAACGUGCAUCAACGAAGUCAAUGGCAGUGUCUGUGAAAGGCCAGCAAACCACAGCGCCAAGCAGUGCCGCACGCCCUGCGCCCUGCGGACGAUGUGCGGGGAGUGCACGAGCGGCAGCUCCGAGUGCAUGUGGUGCAGCAACAUGAAGCAGUGCGUGGACUCGAACGCCUACGUGGCCUCUUUCCCCUACGGGCAGUGCAUGGAGUGGUACACCAUGAGCAGUUGUCCGCCUGAAAACUGUUCAGGCUACUGCACGUGUGCUCACUGUUUGGAGCAGCCCGGCUGCGGCUGGUGCACUGAUCCGAGCAACACCGGCAAGGGCAAGUGCAUCGAGGGGUCUUACAGGGGUCCGGUCAAGAUGCCAACCCCAUCCGCAACAGGGAAACACAGCUUGGAGCCCGUCCUUAAUGUCAGCAUGUGUCCUGUGGAGAACAACUAUAAUUGGUCUUUUAUUCAGUGUCCAGCCUGCCAGUGUAAUGGGCACAGUAGGUGUGUAAAUGAAAGCAUCUGUGAGAAGUGUGAAAAUCUGACAACUGGCAAACACUGUGAAACUUGUAUCUCAGGCUACUAUGGCGAUCCUACUAACGGAGGAACAUGUCAGCCUUGCAAGUGCAAUGGCCACGCGUCUGUCUGCAACACAAAUACAGGGAAAUGUUUCUGCACCACCAAGGGAAUAAAAGGAGACGAGUGUCAACUGUGUGAAGUUGAAAACAGAUAUCAGGGAAAUCCACUUAAAGGAACGUGUUACUAUACUCUUCUCAUUGACUAUCAGUUCACCUUCAGUCUUUCUCAAGAGGAUGAUCGCUAUUACACAGCAAUCAACUUUGUAGCAACACCCGAAGAGCAAAACAGAGACCUGGACAUGUUUAUCAAUGCAUCUAAAAACUUCAACCUCAACAUUACUUGGUCCACAAGUUUUGCAGCUGGCACGCAGGCUGGGGAGGAAAUUCCAGUUGUUUCAAGAACCAAUAUAAAAGAAUACAAGGACAGUUUCUCCAAUGAGAAAUUUGAUUUCCGCAACAAUCCAAACAUCACUUUCUUCGUUUAUGUCAGCAAUUUUACCUGGCCGAUAAAAAUACAGAUUGCAUUCUCACAACACAGCAACUUUAUGGACCUGGUACAGUUCUUUGUGACAUUUUUCAGUUGUUUCCUGUCUUUGCUCCUGGUGGCAGCUGUGGUUUGGAAGAUUAAACAAAGUUGCUGGGCAUCGCGACGAAGAGAGCAACUACUCCGUGAGAUGCAACAGAUGGCAAGUCGCCCCUUCGCCUCCAUCAACGUUGCCUUAGAAACAGACGAAGAGCCGCCAGAUCUCAUUGGGGGAAGCAUAAAGACUGUACCAAAGCCAAUAGCGCUGGAGCCCUGCUUUGGGAACAAAGCAGCCGUUCUCUCUGUAUUCGUGAGGUUGCCUCGAGGACUUGGGGGUAUACCACCACCAGGACAGUCAGGUCUUGCAGUGGCCAGUGCACUGGUGGACAUUUCACAACAGAUGCCAAUUGCCUACAAAGAGAAAUCGGGUGCAAUACGAAAUCGGAAACAGCAGCCCCCUGCACAGCCAGGAACCUGUAUUUGAUGCAUGGACAUCAGAAACUGUUUAGGGUUUUAAACAAAAUGGAAAAGUAAUACCUAGGAGGAGGAGGAGAAGGAUUUCCAAGUUGUGUCACAAGAGACUAGAAGCACUCGGAAAAACACAACUUCCUUGAACCCAACUUUUUCUCUCAUCUACGUGAUAGUUGGCUUUGUUUGACAACUGCUCCACUUAAGUUUUACUGACACGUGGCUUCAGAUUGCUCCUUUGUUUUCUUGAAGUUUAAAGUAAAAUAAUUUUAUUGCAGGUCCAGUAACAUCCGAUCACCACCAUUCAUGGUCAGUGUAAAUAGAACAGUAGUCCAAUAUGAAUGACACUCAGGUUUAUACAUGGAAAGUGCUUUGUAGUUCAUGUAUUUAUCAAACUGUACAAAAAGAAAAAGAUGCAGUGUUUACAGGUGUCAGCUCUCAACACAUAAACACUACUAUUAAUCUUCAAAGCAUCUUCAUCCUUUGUUUUCAUUUAAUACUAUAUGUUUAUUCCUUCACUAUUUAAGUGGAACUCUCUUCCAGAUACAGCGUUUUUGUAGUCAUCAUGGUCCAGAACAUCAGGAACGCAAAAGCCGGCGUGGUUUAAAGGUUGAUGUUGCGUGUUGCUCAGACCACAUGCAAUACCUGGAGAAGUUGAAUGUUGCUUUUGAAGGACUCAGUGUUUACAUAGUCUUAACCUGCUUGGAGUACACCACACACAAGUGCCUAGACUUGAACAGAUCUAGGGAGCCAGGAGACUGCUACACACAUUUCUUUUCAACAUAAUUAUAUUCCUUUUAAAUAUAUAUAUACACACAGAGAGAUAUAUAUAGUCACCCAAGGCAAUCUGUGUUCUUUGUAAUAUAUCACGUGCAGUCAGGGGAAAAUGGCAUUCUCCUGACCAAAAAACUACUCAACCAGAUGGGAAAUAUCUGGAGGGAAAGUAGAGUUUCAGUAUCUCAUAAGACAACUCCUGGUUUCACCAGCUCUUUUAAUAGAAGCAGUUUGUGUUCCAGGUCAGAUACAUUAUAUUUCUUCUGAUUUUUCUCUGCCCGUUUGGUCUCUUUCUCUGCCCCUUCCCUCCUGCCACUCUUCUGGAUGAGAGCUGAGGUGUGCCGGGGCUCAGAGCCAUCGCUCCUCAGCAGUAAGGUUUGCUCUGUCUCCUUAAAGGGUGCAAAAAGCAACACUCCAGGUGCCAGAUCAUUUGAGGAUGGAGUAAAAAAGACCUUUAAAUAAAAAGCAAGGAGAGCAGCUUCGUUUGGCCGCAGGUUUGAGUUCUACACGAUCAGUUACUGAUAUUUCCCAUUGGGGUUGAACUCUCGUAGACGUUGAAGAAGGUUUCCCAUUGGGGUUGAACUCUCGUAGACGUUGAAGAAGGUUUCCCAUUGGGGUUGAACUCUCGUAGACGUUGAAGAAGGUGGCUUGUUGGUGAAAAGGAAGGGACUUGCAAACAGCAAAGUUAAGGCUUGGCUUUUGGGGGACGUAUCAAACCGUCUCAAGUACUCUGACUAGUUGGAAUUACGUUUUGAGGUUCAAGGUUGGACUUAACCCAUCAAGUCUGCACAUGCUGGUGCCCAGUGUCUCCCUCGAUUCUGGAACGUGGCGCAGUGCCGGGGCCACGCAAAGUUGUGAUGUCGAAGCCGGUAGGAAGGUGUUACGUGAAGGUGCCAAACGAGGCGUGUAAUUGUUGCUUAAUCACAGUAAGUGCAGUUUCAUUCAGGUCGCUGAGUUGCUGGUUUCUGAUGAGGACAUCUAGUAUUUAUGAAAUGGAGAACUAACAGAUCGAGGGCAGCGAAGGAAAGUGCUCUUGAGUCUUCUGACCAGGUAGCACCCUUUUCCAAAACGAAACCCAAGUAACUGCGUCCUUUUUUGUGCACGUUUUGGUGAUGGAUCACAUAUCAGCCACUCAUUUUUGCUUUUGGUGGGGUUUUUUAGCCAUGUAUUUCAAAGAAGCUCUUUGGAGCGCGGUGGCUUCGCAAUAAAGACAUGAAUUGCUGUGCGUGUCUGGACAGCAGUGAUGGGGACAGCCUGCUGGUUUAAAGAUAGUGGUGGAUUAUAAUUCUGAUUUAAUGUGUCAUUUAAUAAAUACAAUGGGACUGCAGAAAAAAUAUUGUCGAAAAAAUGCAUUUUUUAUAUAUACACGUGUGUGUGUGUAUUUAUAUUUAUAUAUAUAUUUAUAUAUAUAUAUAUAUAAAAAAAAUGCAUCCGUUUCUAAACUAGAAGUUAACUGCCCUCUGGGGAGAAGAAAUUAUGGGAGGGAGAGGGGUGAGCUUUGUCCUUUAGAAUUGAAGGGGUUUAGGCAAUGUAAGUUUUAACUGAUGCACAGAUUACCUCAGACAGAUUCAUCUCCUGAAAAUAUUUUCUAACUUCCUAUGUGUAUAAGGCUAACCUGAACUAGAGAAAUAAUACUGGACUAAAAUCCCUCCCCUGUUAUUACUUUACAUGUUUUCAGUCGCGAUGCACAUCCUCAUGUUCAGAGAUGUCGUCGUCUUGUUUCUCCAACACUUUUUUGGGGAGGAGAACUGCCAACCCAAAUUGAGAAAGCUCUUGUGCUUAAGUCUCCAUAUUCAGGACAGCACUUAAGCAGGUGCUUAGAAGUUGUUGCUUAGGUUUUCCUGAAGAGAAACAGCUUUCAGAACAAUAGGCCCGGAGGAGUGAUGUAGUUUUACAUUAACAAAAAGAUGUAAAUGUGGUUUGUUUCCCACCCACCCCCCCCCCAAAAAGCUGGGUUGUCUGGUCUCAAAAGCUUAUGGUGGAGCGUGCCCAGAAGUGUAGCCACAAAGUGAGGUGUCAGAUCUUGGAAAGACGAGCAAAAAUGAUCAAACUUUGAGGUUUAGCAGAACCAAAAAAUGUAAAUAGAGGAACAAGACUUAUUUAUAUAAAUAAAAUGAAACAGCUCCUUUAGGAUGUAGCUCUGCUCUGCAUCUUAUCUCCAUAUUGAUGAGGGAAAAAGAGAACUCAUACAUAUUUCUGCUGCAAACAGUUUCAUCCCAACUUAAAGGUAAAACAGAGAUGAAGGUGGGAAUGGAUGGGGGGAAGAAGAAUUGCCGGUGGUUUAUCACCAGGCCAAUAUCAAAAGUGAAGGAUUUGUGGGUUUAUUUCUUUUGGAGGUGAGGGCGGGGGAAGAGCAACCUUAUUUCAUGGGAGAAUCUGUAAAUAAAUGAAAAAUAACACACCGAUUUUGCACUUGUACAUAAACUAUACAGUAGCGUGCAGAACAUUGAAAGAUUUAAAGUGUAUAUAAACCAGAAAAAUAUUGAAUGUAUUUUUGAUGCAUUUUAAAUGAUGUAUGAGUUUUGUCUUAAGAACUUCUUCAUAUGAUGAGUAUUAGAUAACUUUCCAGAGCUUUAAAGAAACAUCAAAUUAUAUUCGUGAUAUCUUGCAGUAUAAAGCAGGGAGGCAUAACUUGACUUUUAUGUAUUCAAAUGCAUUUCACUUAAAUGUAUAAGCGCAGUAAAAUACGGCUCUUCCAUUUGAAAGGGGGGAAAAAAACGCUUGAAGACAAGUAAUAAAUGUACUUAAAGUAGUCAUUACUUGGAGGAUUAAGUCAGCAGUUUAAGCCUCUACCAUUAAGAUUGUGCCAGUGAUUUCCAUUCAAAAUCACUCUUUUCAAGCGUUUAUAACUGGCUGAAAUUCAGCAUUCAAGGUCUCAACCCUCAGAACAAUUUUAUUCUUUGAGAGUAGCCUUUUAAAAAAAAAAAAAAAAUUAAAAAUCAGAAAUGUUGUAGUCCUUUUAUUCUAGAAAGCAACAGUGCCAUUGGAUCUCCAAAUCACAUACAUUUUUUUUUUUUGGUGCACUGUUUUCCAUUCUUUUUAGCCCACGAUUUUCUCUGGACUGUUGUAGCGUGAGUGACAGGAGACCCUGCCACAGCACGGGUCAAGAUGUUGGAUACAAGAAGAUUUAUGGGACACAACUUUUGAGUUAUUGCCACUCUCCCUGGGCUUAAAAUGCGCUGUAUCGAAAUUGCCAAAAUAAAGCUAUACACGAUGGGGUAAUGCCUGUGAUUAGCAUAAAGUCAUAGCGUAUAAUGUACCAAAAUUUGAUGGUGUGGUACCAUAAAAGCAUGACAGGCCCUGUUGGCAGAUACACGCUUCUUAGGGGUAGUUUGUAUACUAAAUAUUGCUCAGAAACAUCAUUUUCCCUGCAGUAGGCGUUUACCAAAAUACAUAGUCGCUGGGUUUAUAGUAUGGUUUUAAAAUGGCAGCUCAGCUUGCUUGGCCCUAAAUAAGCUGAAAUGAGCUUUUGAUGAAAUACCCUCACUCAAGAGGCUGAAAUAAAACUUGAGGCUUUCCCCAUAACCCGCUGAAGGUCCAGUGCCGCAAAGAUGAGGCUGAUUCUCUGUCCUUAACGGCUCCCGGUGUUAGCAGCUGCUUUUUCUUUUCCACGAGACCCCGAGUUAGGGUCGGAGCAUCAGCUCCAUCUCUGAACCUGCAAAACCCUUUUCCCUGCAAACAGGGAUUUGCCGGCACUGAGCUUGCGAGAAAGCAAAGAACGGACCCUACGUGCCAGGAGCGACUUUUAAACUCAUCCAUCCAACUCCACAGUAAGCUGCCGAUGUCUCUUCUUUUCCCGUUUCCUUUUUAUCUUCAUUUGGGAAUACCAUAGGGAAAGGGAGGGAGGGGGUUUGGGGUUUUUGGAGCCGCCGGAGCAAAGCUGCGAAAGCAGGUUGGGAGAGUCGUGCGUGUUUUAAAUGGAAAAGUACCGCGGGCAGAUGCGCGCCGGAGCGUUCAGGGACGCGGGAGCGAAGGGAAGGGAGGGAUAGGUGUGCGUUUCUCAUUUUUGGACGUGUUGUUGGCAAUUUUAGUCAAAUUCACGCUCUUUCUGUUGAUAGCUGCUUAAAUUAAAUUAGUUUCCAUUGCUAGGAAUACUACAAUAAUGUGUAUAUGCUGGGUUUUUCUGCUCCUGCAUCAGGGCAGGUUUUGUUCAGUUUAUUAUUUCGUUCUAACACUACACGUGGACUAUUUUUGUGCGUCUUCCAGGUACUAUAGUUCUUUACAUAUUUCCUCUACAUUUAUCAUUGAUUCCACAAACAUCACCAGAAGAAAGAAGAAGAAAAAAAAAAAAAAAUUGUGGAGGAGUGUAACAUAUGUCAGUCCAUUAUUAUUUUUUUUUUAAAAAAAGCAAAAAGAAAAUAAAAAUAAAGAGUUUUAUAUUACUCUGAAAUUUGUGCACAAUAAAUGUUCUUUACACUAAGAUCCUUGAAUUAAUUGUAUUCUGGAUUUUUUUCGGUGUUCUGUAAUUAUUUUCGAUUCUUAUCUGUGUUCAGACUUGAGCUUAGUUUGUUAAUAUGUAUAAUUUAGCAUUUAUUGCAUUCAUAUGUAAAUAUGAGCAAGUAUUGUAAACUAUUUCAUUGCCGGGGGUUGUGGGUGUUAUACAUACACACAUUUAGGACUGCAGUUUUUGGUAUAAUUUUUUGUAUUGUAAAAUAACAGCUAAUUUAAAGCAGGAACGAGAAAAUUAUUGGGAGGUCUGUGCAUUUUAAAUACAAAUGUGAAGUACAUGUAUAUAAAUAAAAGUAAAUAAUGCAAAUCUUUCCUCUGAAAUAAAAAGUAGAUGAUCUGGUUAAA